AUGGAUAAGGACGAGAUGGAUGUGAGUGGCAAGGAGAUGUCAGAUGAGAUGUCUGCACUACGGGAGACGGAGAAUCGAGAGGCGAAGAAGCAGAACCAUCAGGGUGGUGCUCAUGGUCCAGAGAAUAUGACGCUCCCACACUGGCAUGAGGCUGUGCCUUCUAUCGAACCAAAGGGUCCACGCUGGAUGUUCAAGUGUAGAUAUUGUACCACCACUCAUACUGUUCAGCGCACUCUCGUUGACGACGCCAGCUUUGCAGAUGAGAAACCUCGUCCAGAUUUGAUAAACCUUGUCUCACAUAUGAAUAGGCAUCCCAACAAGGUCAAGGAUGCUAGGGCGAGGCUUGCUGCUGGUGGAAGUGGCAAGAAUUUGGGAGCAGGGAAGCCAGAUAAAUUUAUGGAGGAGGGCCUACUGAAUCCAAAGAGUGAGCCAACACGUCAGGGAUUCAUUUUGAUGUUGGCAGCAUGGAUUAUGGAUGAUGAUCUACCUUUCAUAACAUUGCCACUGAAAAUAUGCAAUGCCAUAGUCAAAAUUGUCAUACAGCUACAUGAUGAGGUUGUAAAGACGCUAAUGGACAUCAAUGCCUGGAUUGCUGACAUUGAUAAUCCAUCAAUUCCCUCAUUGAUCCAGGAGGAUUGGAAGGCCUUGGAUGAGCUCGCUCAUGUUCUUUCAAUAUUUACAAAGGUUACUGAGACCAUGUCCCGUUCCAACACACCAACACUUCCUUGGGUCCUUCCCAUGUACGAGCACAUGAAAAUCUUGUUUGAGGCAGUUGUCAAUAAUGGGUCCUUGCCUGGUAACCUUCGUGAGGCAUCUGCUGCUGGCCUUAACAAGUUAGAGCAGUACUAUAGCCUUGCUCAUAAUAAUUACUGCUGCAUUUUGGCCACGGUACUAGGUGAUGAUGCAUACAAGAAGGCCUGCAUUGUCUUUGAGAAUGUGUUCAAGGCAUACAAAGAGGAUAUGCCCCGCCUCGAGCCAAAGUGUGCACCUACACAGCCUCCUGCCUCAAACAACUUCCUCUUAAGUCUUAUUGGUCAUGUUGAUAUCAAUUCUGACGGAGAGGAGCCGCAGCUUGCAAAACUGGAGAGGUGGAGACAAGGCCGUGAUGGAGGUAGUGAACCAAACUAUCCGUUGAAGUAG